AUGAAAGAUCCUGACUCUGAUCCUCGUGUGCUAUGGCUGACAUUUGCUCCAGUGGCUGAUAAAACAGCUGAACGAUUCAACACCUCUGUGGAUAUAGUCAACUGGCUCUCCCUUGUGUAUCUGGUGAUAUCGGUUCCAUUUGGCCUCCUAGCGAUAUGGAUUUUGGAUACCAUUGGACUUAAAUUUGCAGUGAUACUGUGUGCCUGGCUGAAUGUGAUCGGAAGUAUUAUUCGGAUUUUCAGCAUUGUUGACAUAUUGAGUCUGGGCUCCCUUAAUUUUGUAUACCUGCUGGUUGGGCAGUGCUUCUGUGGAAUGGCCCAGCCUCUCAUCAUUUUUUCACCAACCAAAGUAGCAGCCUUAUGGUUCCCAGAUCACCAGAGAGCCACAGCAAAUAUGAUUGGCUCCAUGGCCAAUCCACUGGGCAUUCUCAUAGCUAACCUACUGUCCCCCGCACUCGUAGAGGAAGGAAGAGACGUUCCUUUAAUGCUCGAAGUGUAUGCAGGUCCUGCUGUGCUUGCCUGCAUCUUAGCAACAGUUGGCGUUCGUGACAAGGUCCCUCCCACACCACCAACAGCAAGUGCCAGUGACUCCAAUUCACCAUCGUUCCUUGGAGGCUUGAAGAUGCUCAUGAAAAAUAAGCCUUACAUCAUCCUGGCCUUCUGCCUCGGGGGAGGGAUAGCCAUAUUCACAUGCUACAGUGCUCUGUUGGAACAGGUCCUGUGUGUCAAUGGAUAUUCAAAUUUUUUUGCAGGUUUGAAUGGCGCCUUGUUUACUGUGGCUGGGUUCAUCGGUGCCUUCUUCCUUGGGUUGUAUGUUGACAGAACAAAGAAGUUCAUUGAAGCCACCAAGAUCUGUCUUUGUUUAACUGCACUGGCUAGCGUGGCAUUUGCUGUGGUGUCGCAGCUUAGAAACCAGACCUAUGCUUUGGCAGUGAUCAGCUCGCUCUUUGGCUUAUUUGGCUUUGCAGUCUAUCCUGUGGCUAUGGAACUAGCAGUCGAAUGCUCAUAUCCUGUGGGAGAAGGAACAACAUCAGGGCUGAUUUUUGUGACUAGCCAACUCCUGGGAGUCCUGUUCAUGCUUUUGUUCCAAAGCCUGGCAGUGGAGAAGAAACAUGCCUUUUUCUCUACAUGUACUGCAGCCCAAGGUGGUACACGGGACUGGUCAACUCCAGUACUAUUGAUGGCUGGAAUCUGCAGUCUGACAUCCUGUUUCUUUGUUGUUGCUUUUCACACUAAUUACAAGAGGAUCUAUGCAGAGACAGCUCAUGAUUACUCAGUCAACAAAACAGAAGAUGAUGUUACAGUAACAGCACAAACAUGAAAUGUUUGCAAUUGAACUCUGGACUAACACAAGUGCCUAAAACAGAUGCUGACACUUUGAAAAGCACAGGUAAUAUAGCUACAUAAAGCAGCAAAGUAAAUUAUUUCUCGAUGGAAAAAAGACUGGAAUAAUUACUACUGCUCAGUUCUUUUAUUCCUUCCACUUUUAAGUUGCAGGGGGGCAUACUGUUGACCAUGUAGCUGAAACAGCUCACACACAAGAGGGAAGCAUCAGAAGGUUCUGGGAAAUCUUAGGAUUAGCAGAGAUAUGAAAAAACAAGACACCUCUGAGCACCACUCAAGAGGACAACCCUCAAAACAAGCCAAUGAAGAGAUGGUGUGCAGUGUGGCCAAAGAAUGCUGAUUGACUAUUGCAGGAAAGGAUGGUUGAUUACCUGAAUUUUUCUAUAGAAGACUACACCACCACAUUUUGUUGCAGCUUCUGCUCGAGCUGUUCUAAGAGGGCGGGUUCACUUUGCCUAUGGAACUGGAAGCAGUAUUCUAGAGGAAGAAUACAAUGAACAAAUCCAGUUAGGUGGAUGUCAAUCCUAUCAGUUGUUGUCACUGCAUCAGACACCUCUUCCUAUGAGCCACACAGAACGACAUCUUCAAGUUUGCUGAAAGAGGGUAUCUCUGGAGUCUUCCUAGUGUCCUGGAUUGUUGAGGCUAUCAAAUGGAAUACACUUAGGCAUAACUAACCAAAGUUCUGUUCAGAAGAGGGAGAUUCAAGUAUGAUAAUUCUCAAGUAUUUCCUCACAUUGAGUAGCAUCAUAUCCUUGGUUUCUUUAUGUCCAGGCUAUGAGGGACAUACUUAUAUAGCCAACAUGUAAUGCAAAAGGGAAUUCUAGGCCACCUUGGCAGAACUCAGAGGUUUGUGGAAAAACAAAACUACAUGGGAGGAAAAAAAUCCAAAACAAAAACAGAAAACACCACCCAUAAAUAAACUGCUAAUUGAGGAUUAAGGGUCCAUGGCACAUUGGCAGGCUUGGCUAGAAGGGGAGGGGAUAGUGGGUAAUGAAAUGGAGCACCUGGAAUUGUAAAAGGGGGCACCCACAAUAUCAUAUUUUGUUGUAGGUUCCACUUCCCAUUGUAUUCACAUGGAAGUCACUGGAAUUAAAAGAUGCAUUAAAUCCAUAUUAAAAAAGAUCUGGCUAUGUCUAUUAAGGGGUACAGAAAGGGCAACACAGCAAUCUCCUCUACAAAUAGCCUUGCACAUAAAAUGUUGCAAGGUUGUUUAAUCCAGAGAACAGCCUUCCCCAGCUUAGUCUUUCAUAUAUGCUGGGAUCAACAUCUCACAUAAUUCCCCAGCCAGUAUAAAGUAUUGAUAAAUUCUCACCUGCUCACGUAAAUGCUCACAUAUACCAAAGGUUAUGUGUAUCCUAAACCCUGGAGCAGAACCUUACCACAGGGGGACAGGCAACCAGCUGUUUGCAAGCCAUCCUGUGGCAACAAAAUACAACAGAAACACCCAGAGAACUAUAGAAGUUAGCUGUUAUAUUUGUCACAGACAAAUUCUUCUAAUCAGAUACUCACAAAACAUUUGGUACUGAAUCAAUACAGAACUUUAAAAUCAGUGCAAAAUAUACAAUCAAGGAAAAACCAAACACAAAUACAUUGCAAAAAUUUAUACAGAAUCUUCCUAAGAAUAUACUCUGAAGACAAACCAAUAUUUAAAUACAAAAAAGAAAGAGCACACCAUAUAAAUAAACUUUUACAGUCAUCGCAUUUCAGGACUGAUCAUUUCAAAGACAAAAAAGGAGUAUGCAAGGCAGAGAACUAGAAAACUAAGAUACACAACAAAACCCUGUUUAAGACAGAAAAACAAGUAAACAAAUGUGAUAUGCAUUUCUAGCCUCUGUGUAGGCACGCAAUGUGGGAAGAGUGUUCACCUUACAGUUACAUAGUAUUAUGAUUGCUCAUGAGCUAACUGUUAAGCACAUUUAUUGCAAAGGAUGAGCACUAUGCAUGAGGCAAACUAUUCCAGGUGGCUGGGUUUGCCUUACAUUGUAAGCAUAAUCAGAGAUGCUUCCAAAGUUCUGUGCUACUAAAUAUUGCUUGGCUUAUUUAAAAGCUCUAAUUCCAUGCAAAGGAUUAACUUGCUGCCUCUCAAACAUUUUUGAAUGCAUGGCCUUUUUUAAGCUUUACUAUACUUUCGAAGCUGUCUCCUUGGCAGAAAAUCUUGACACACAGCGAUACAGAUGUGACCUGACUGCAGAAUCUGUGGAUCAGGCUGCUAAGCCGAUGCUCGGUGCCCUACAGGACGAUCCCUCGAAAGUCAGGGCAGCCAGGGAAGGGAAACAAGGAAGAGGAGAAGCUGUGUGGCUUGAGGAAGUGGCCAUGUGUACCAGAGGUUUCUCUUCCACUUCCAGAAUUAACAUGGUAUUUUAAUGGCCACUACAUAUCCAACCAAUCUCUCUCUCGAACGUCCUCCCCAAAAGGCCUGGUAGUAUGAGACUGAUGGAUUAAUUACAAAAAGGGGGGAGUACAUGUUUUACAAACUAGUUAACACCCCC